CACCGCAGCGCCACCCGCCCGACCGCAGGCGUUUCGUGCGUGUGGCGCCCAAGCUUCUGCGCCCACGCCUUUCCGGCCGGCAAGGCCCGCGCCUCUUCGGGGUGACAGGUGGGGGCGGGCGCGACGGUAAUGGACGUCCACACGCCCGCGGUAGCUAGUUGCCGGGCCGCUUUGCAGAAUGGCGACAUUGUUGCAGACGGCCCGCGCAAUGAGCUCUGAGUGUCAGCCGCGAGGGCAGCUAGUUAAGUACCUAACGAGCGCCGCACUGAGAUUGGCGCCGGUGCAUCCGUAUCACCUGCUCGUCCGGCCAGCCGUAUCGCGUAAUUCGCCUGCCACGGUCAGCCUUAUUGCCGAAACAUGUUGGGAAGGGCAGCUCGAGGAAUGUAGUAUGUAGAGCGGCAAGAUAAAGCUGCCUACGCGGUCUGCGAGCCUAGUUUUUCUGAAUCCGCGUCAUGUGCGCACGCGAGGAGGAAUCGAAG